UCGCUUUCGGAAGAUUUGGAUAGUUUCCGAUUCCGAACAAGGGCGGAACCCAACUGACGACGUGAGCUCAACUCAAAACUGUCAUUACACAACUACAACGUGCAAAGUGUAAAACGACAGACUUCUCACUCUCUGCUAGUUUCCAGUUCCACUUUUGCUAUAUAUAGAGCAAUUUCCUCCCAGUGAAUUUAGCCGAUUUAAUACUACAGGCACGUUUCACGAUUAUAAAAUAAUAUUCUUCUUCAAACUUUCUUACAAGUAUCACCUUUGAAAAAUACUUAGCUCCCCAAAUACCACCAUCACGACAAACAAUAAUGUAUAGUAAGCUCAAUUGUUAAUCAAAAGCAGGAAUUAAUUAUUUUUUUCUCAUAUUUUGGUCAGAAGAGACCGCUGUACAAAGUUACUACAAUAAAGCCGAACUACAUAAAUGUAUGUGAAAAUUUGACCUAUAUUUUCUCUUCUUGGAAUGGAGCGUCACAUCCUCAAUACAAACGAUCUUUGAUGCCAUUCCCUCCAGCAAUGACGUCUACACACCAACGUCAUCAUUUCAUUUAAAUGACAGAUUUAAAUACAGCUCCAUCAUUUAAAUUGAUUUCGUAGACGGGUACGCUGUUAUACAUUUGUCACAGUUAGCAGAAUUAUGCACACAAGCACUGGUACAUAUACAUACACCUUUAAAUUGAGAUUCUGUUUGGUAAUAAUUUAGUGGGAAGCUUAAAAACAAUCUGUCAGCGCUUGGAGUUCGUUAAAAAUUUCUCAGAUUUGCAUAAUGCAAAAUUAAAUACGUAAUUAUGUAAUAAGGAAUACAAGCAAUACAAAAACACAAGUCACUAAUAUGCACAUCUGGCUGUACCAAAAUGCCGAAACCCGGGAUCGAACCAGGGACCUUUAGAUCUUCAGUCUAACGCUCUCCCAACUGAGCUAUUUCGGCCGAUGGUGUCGCAGGGGUGCGGGCGUUGUAUUUGUAGACGUCCCCACGGAAACGUUUCCCAAAGUACGGAAGAUGAAUUUGUCUGAACACGCAGACGUUUUUGUUAGGCCAUCUUGUAUUCACUUUCCUGUAGCCUACAAGAUGUUUGUUCACUCAGCGAUGACGUCAUUUUCUCGCCAAACUCAGCGCAAAGGCUGCCGGGAAGAAAGGUCAAGAAUCGGUGUCUGGCCAGUGGAAGUCCUUUGAUUAACGGCUAACAAAAAGUCGGGCGUUUUUGGCAUAUAGGAUUUAACAAACGCCACAAGAUGAAUUACGAUGAUACUGUGGUAUUUGCAUGUUUUCUUGGGUACAAUACUACGAGAAAUGCCAUUAUGUCUUGUUUUAUUUGAGCGAUUUAGCAAGUGUUAGCAACCCAGCACGCUAUCGGCUACCUGUUAUUGUUUUGUGGCGGCCGUGCUUGCACGAGUCUUUAUGAAGAACUUGAUAGGUUCAAUGUGUAGCAUCUUCUCUUUAAAAUAACUGCGAAAUAUUUCCAGCCCCACGAAACACUUUGUACUCAUUUAACAGCUUAGAAGUUAAGUGUAAAUGGAUGCAACGUCGAAAUCAGGACGAAUGGAAAAUAGAUUAAAUCUAAAAAUCUAGGUAGUGGAAACAAUAUCCUUUAAAUAGAUUAAAUCCAAUUUUGGAGGUCACAUAGUUCUGGCAAGUGAUGUUAUUCUGCUGGUCUCUGCAAAAAUGGAUGACAAGUCCAGCAGCCACCACAGACUUCUGGUGGUCCUGCUCAUGGCGUUGAUCUUCAGCGUCAUCAUGAUCCAGUACGUAUGUCCAAGCAGAACUGAGUGCCAGAUGCUUCAUCAGCUAGGCUCCUGGUUUCAUAUGGCUACGGGUUCGCAAAACAGUGACGGUGAAGUCCAAGAGAAACGGGAUCCGUACAUCGCAGAAGAUGGCGCUUUGAUGCGCUUUAUCCCGCGCUUUAACUUCACCAAGGCGGACCUGAGUCGUGUUGUGGACUUCAACAUCAAGGGAGAUGAUGUCAUCGUUUUUCUGCACAUCCAGAAGACUGGUGGCACCACAUUCGGGCGACACUUGGUGCGGAAUAUCCAGCUGGAGAGGCCGUGCGAGUGCCACGCCGGCCAGAAGAAGUGCACCUGCCUCAGGCCGGGCAAGAAGGAAACGUGGCUCUUCUCCCGGUUCUCCACCGGUUGGAGCUGCGGACUCCACGCCGACUGGACCGAGCUGACCCGCUGCGUGCCGUCACAGAUGGAUUCGCGGGAAGCCCCUAAGAGCAUGCAGAGUCGGAACUACUACUACAUAACUAUCCUGAGAGAUCCGGUAUCGCGAUAUCUGAGCGAGUGGCGCCACGUACAGCGAGGUGCAACCUGGAAAGCGUCACUGCAUGUGUGCGACGGCCGCUCUCCGACGUCAUCCGAGCUUCCCAGCUGCUACCCGGGUGACGACUGGUCGGGCUGCUCUCUGCAGGAGUUCACCGACUGCCCUUACAAUCUGGCCAACAAUCGGCAAACACGCAUGCUGGCCGACCUGAGCCUCGUGGGCUGCUACAACGUGUCGGCCAUGAGCGAAGACGAGCGCUGGGCCGUGCUCCUGGAGAGCGCCAAGCGGAACCUGCGCGGCAUGGCCUUUUAUGGCCUCACUGAGUACCAGCGUAAAACCCAGUACCUUUUCGAACGCACCUUCCACUUGGCUUUUAUUACUCCCUUCACUCAACUCAACGGCACGCGCGCGUCAGGCGUGGAAGUCCCAGCCGACACGCAGCGGCGUAUCCGCCAGCUCAACCGCUGGGAUGUGGAACUCUAUGAUUACGCGCGAGAUCUCUUCCUGCAGCGUUUCCAGUUUGCACGUCAGCAGGAGCGGCGGCAGGCCAGAGAGAGGCGGCAGCAGGAGAGGCGGCGGCUCCGAGGGAGGCUAGCUGCAAUGCAAGGACGCCAGCAGAAACCCACUCAAGCCCCCACUCUAAUGGAAAAUAAUUUUGUAACUUUGUCCCAGGAAGAGGACAAAGAAGCCGAUAGUGCAAAUUCUGACGGGCUGCUUCCAGACUGGUGGGAAAUGGAUGAGAGUGGGACUUUGGAGGACUAUAUGGACAAUGUGGAACUGUGGAAAUGAACUUUUCUGUUCCUGACACAUUGGAAUUAAUGCCUUAAUCUGGGAAACCGAUGUUACAGGAGUGUUGCUAUCAUUUCGGAAAAAAGUGGAAAUGGAAUAAUGCAAUUAUUUUCAUAUUUUGUUAUAAGUUAUCCUGCAACAAAGAGCAAAGUUAAGUCUCACUUCAUGAUGUGAUGGUUAUGUUUUAACCUGAUCUUUUUCUCAUAACUGAUGAUGAUGACUGGUGAUUAAAACGUGAUGAUUUCACGUUUUGACGCAAUAUAUCUUAUAGUGUAUCGUGAUAAAUUGUAAUACAAGAACUAAAGUGAUGUUUUAUGUUAUAGCUUGAAGGUUUUUACUACGGUUUCAUGUUAUGAUUUCAUUUUUUUAAAACUUUGUUGUAAAGUAAAAUUUUUAUAUUUUCUAUCUUCACUAUUAUUUAAUGUGCUUUAAGAUUCUGUUGUAACAUGUUACAUUUUUUAAAUACUGGUGUGAUAGCAAUACACUAUCGUAAAAUAUGAUCUAAGUUGAGGAAAUGAACUUUAAGUAACUACACACGUAACCUUUACAGAAUAUUUCUGUUAUUUAUAAUUAUAAUCGUCAAUAGUACUUACAACCCCGGACUAAGCGGUUCACUUAAUGUAAUUUGUUUACACUACCACAGAGUUGCUGUUUUCAAUAAUGCAUUAUUCUAUCAAGUUGAUGUCCAAGAAGCACAGUAUGCAAAUUAUUAUUUCAUAACCGGAAUGUUAAAUCGAUGCUUGUCUGUUCUCAGUUGCUUAUGUCUUAAUAUUUCUUUGUUACUACUACAAUCUUAACUAUUAAUUAUCUCCAGAGCAGUACCGUACAAUUCAAUUCAAUUCAAUUCAAUUCAAUUUGUAUAGUCCAGUCACCUCUUGUGAAAACCUUUUAUCUCUGUACCGUUGUGCUUUGGUGGUGAAAAGAACAAUACCCUUCAUCAAGAAUUUAAUGUAUUAUCUUUAUAACAACUGAGGUUUAAUCCACACCAAGACACUCCAGUCUUAUUAUGCCUUUCAGUUCUUUAAAAAAAAAAAAAAAAAAAGUAGAACAACUUAAUACUUUUUACAUGUCACUUUAUAAUUGAAAAUCAUUGCUAUUCAAUCUUUUCGAAACAAAUUAAUGGAAAAUACCUCAGUUUGUAUCAUGUUUACUUUAAUGCUGUGAAUGUUUCAGUGUAUCUUAUCUUAAAUAUACAAAUAUUUUACAUGCACAUUGACUGAUUUUACUGGCAUCUUUUGUUACUGUAGAGAUCUGGGAACACCAAUAGAAUGUGGAAAACGUCUGUCAUU